CUGCACCGUCUGUACUCUGCGGGAGCUGCCUCCGCCCCCGGAUGGGCUGGGAGAGUGGGCGGAGCUAGCUGGAGCCCGCGCCGGGCGCGCCUGCAGCCCGCCUCGGCACCGGCAGUCCCCGGCCGCAGAACGCGACGCUCCACUGGAGCUGCGGCUGCCAGGUCUGGGGUCCUGAGGCCGCUGGCAGACUAUGGGUACAACGGCAAGCACGGCACAGCAGACAGUUUCAGCUGGCACCUCCUUAGAGGGCCUGCAAGGUAGCAGCACCAUGGAUGGCAGGCAGGCACUCAGUGUGCACUCCUUCCACACCACAAGCUUGCACAACAGCAAGGCAAAGUCCAUCAUCCCCAAUAAGGUGGCCCCUGUUGUGAUUACGUACAACUGUAAGGAGGAGUUCCAGAUUCACGAUGAGUUGCUCAAGGCUCAUUACAGGAUGGGCAGGCUCUCAGAUGCUACCCCUGAGCACUACUUAGUGCAGGGCCGCUAUUUCCUGGUGCGUGAUGUCACCGAGAAAAUGGACAUGCUGGGCACCUUGGGGAGCUGUGGGGCUCCCAACUUCCGGCAGGUGCGGGGCGGACUCCCUGUGUUUGGCAUGGGACAGCCCAGCCUCUUUGGAUUUAGGAAGGUCCUGCAGAAACUCCAGAAGGAUGGGCACAAGGAGUGUAUCAUCUUCUGUGUGCGGGAGGAGCCUGUGCUGUUCUUGCGUGCUGAGGAGGACUUCGUCUCCUACACACCUCGAGACAGAGAGAGCCUUCAUGAGAACCUCAGGAGCCCUGGGCCAGGGAUCAAGGCUGAGAGCCUGGAGCUGGCCAUCCAGAAAGAGAUCCACGAUUUUGCCCAGCUGAAAGAGAACACGUACCACGUGUAUCACAACACGGAGGACCUGCGUGGGGAGCCGCACGCCGUGGCCAUCCGAGGUGAGGAUGAUGUGCACGUGACCGAGGAGGUGUAUAAGCGGCCGCUCUUCCUUCAGCCCACCUACAGGUAUCACCGUCUUCCCCUACCAGAGCAAGGGGCCCCCUUGGAAUCCCAGUUUGAUGCCUUUGUCAGUGUCCUCCGGGAGACCCCCAGCCUUCUGCGUCUCCGUGAUAACCAUGGUCUUCCCCCUGCCCUCCUGUUCAGCUGCCAGUCAGGUGUGGGCAGGACCAAUGUGGGCAUGGCCCUGGGUACUCUCGUGCUGUUCCACUACCGUAGAAUCACCUCCCAGCCAGAGGCUGCCUCCUUGCUGACCAAACUCCUGCCCAUGGAGCAGUUUCAGGUCAUCCAAGGCUUCAUCCGCAUGGUACCCCAGGGGAAGAAGAUGGUAGAAGAGGUGGAUCAAGCUGUCACUGCCUGUGCAGAGUUACAUGACUUGAAGGAAGAGGUUCUAAAGAACCAGAGGAAGCUGGAUAGCAUCAAGCCAGAGAGCCCAGUGCAGGGAAGUGGUAGCCAACAUGCUGUCCAGCAGAGGGCACUGUGGAGCCUGGAGCUGUACUUCUACCUGAUCCUAUUUAACUACUAUCUGCAUGAGCAGUACCCCCUGGCCUUUGCCCUCAGUUUCAGUCGAUGGCUGUGUACCCACCCUGAGCUGUACCGUCUGCCCGUGAUGCUGAGUUCAGUGGGGCCCGUGGCUCCAGGGGACCUCAUCGCCAAAGGCUCCCUGGAAGCAGAUGAUCUUGUUUCUCCAGACGAGCUCAGCACCGUCAGAGAGAUGGAUGUAGCCAACUUCCGGCGUGUGCCUCGCAUGCCUAUCUAUGGUACCGCCCAGCCCAGUGCCAAGGCCCUAGGCAGCAUCCUGUCCUACCUGUCUGAUACCAAGAGGAAGCUACAACAGGUGGUCUGGAUCAACCUGAGGGAGGAGGUUGUACUGGAGUGUGAUGGUCACAUAUACAGCCUAUGGCCACCGGGACCACCCCUGACCCCUGAGCAGCUGGAGGCCCUGGAGGCACAGCUGAAGGCCCACCUGAGUGCUCCUGCCCCUGACAUGAAGAAAAACCCUACUGCUCCCAGGUUCCAGAAGUGUCUGACCACCCAGGAGGUCUUCAGCCAGCACCAGGGGACCUGCCUGGGCCUUACCUACCAUCGUAUUCCUGUGCCAGACUUCUGUGCCCCUCCGGAGGAGGACUUUGACCGGCUGUUUGAGGCCCUGCGGGCUGCUCUCACCAAGGACCCAGGCACAGGCUUUGUCUUCAGCUGCCUUAGUGGCCAGGGCCGGACCACAACUGCCAUGGUGGUGGCUGUGCUGGCCUGCUGGCACAUCGGGGGCUGCCCUGAGGUGGGCGAGGAGGAACUUGUGAGCGUGCCUGAUGCCAAAUUCACCAAGGGCGAGUUUCAGGUGGUGAUGAAGGUGGUCCAGUUGCUACCCGAUGGCCACCAUGUGAAGAAGGAGGUGGACGCGGCGCUGGACACUGUCAGCGAGACCAUGACUCCUAUGCACUACCACCUUCGGGAGAUCAUUAUCUGCACCUACCGGCAGGCAAAGGCCACCAAAGAUGCCCAGGAGGCUCGGAGGUUGCACCUACGAAGCCUACAGUACCUGGAACGCUAUAUCUACCUGAUACUCUUUAAUGCCUACCUCCGCCUGGAGAAGGCCGGCUCCUGGCAGAGGCCCUUCAGCACCUGGAUGCGCACGGUGGCAACCAAAGCAGGCAUCUAUGAGAUCCUUAACCAGCUGGGCUUCCCUGAGCUAGAAAGCACGGAGGACCAGCCCCUGUCAAGGCUCCGCCACCGCUGGCAGGAGCAGAGCCGAGACCCGGAACCCUGUGAUGCUGGGGACUUCCUGUAGGCCUUUUUCUUGUUCCUUGCCAGGCAUGCCGGGGGCCUGAGUUUCUCAUUGCUUCAGAUGAACACUUGCCAGCUUCCUGGAGUUAUUGAGGGGCUGAGAGCCUUUGCAAAGAGGCUUUUGUGGGAAGUGUAGAUGGCACAGCCAUUCUCUGUGAAUCCUUGGAGUGUGUAAUGGCCUCUGGCAAGGCCUAGCAUGUGUCCCUCACACAACAGCAGGUGAACAGCCUUUCGGAAGCUCGCUUCCCACACAGCCAGCCACCACUGUCCUUUUCUCACUGAUGGUCAUCAGACUAGGUGGGCAGCAGACUGACCAUGUUCGUUGUUUCACUUCCUCUGGCUGGCUUGCUCUUGCUUCUCACUCGUUCAUUUUAAGCAGCUGCCUGAGGUAGGUGACGGGGUCAUUGAGCUGGGCAGGUCCAUGUUAAAGGCAGCUCUGCCCAGCUCCCCCUGGCUCAUGAAUGUCGCCAGCCUGGAAGACUAUGAGGAUGGCUCCAGUCAGGAGGGAUCUGUGUGUGGGAAACCCAUUGGCAGGAUCAAGAGUGACUCAGGAGGCUCACAGUGCGGGGUGGGUCAGGCAGGGCUGCGGUGAAUUGUCAGCCGAUUGCAGGCCCACCCUUGCCAGGAUCCCUGAGCCACUUCCCUGGGGGCACUGCUGAGCUUUGUUCACACAGUAGGGCGACAAGCAUAGAGGCCUGUGUUUGGUGAGCCUUGACUGGGACUGCACUUUGGGGUAUCCAGUGGUUGCACACUUUGGAGACAGGGCUCCUGUCCUUCCACAGGAAGACGGAAGGACCGGCCAGCUGUUAGCUGUGAUAUUUGAAGAGACCAGAGUUGUUUCCAGCCUGGGGAUAUAUUGACGCUCUUAGCCAACUUCUUUUGCAAGCUGCUGUAUGUCUGUUCACAGCUUCUCAGGUUUGCUGGUGUCUGCUUCAUGCAUGUCAGUUCUUUCCAGACAAGAAGCCAAGGAGUCAGAGGCCAGAGGGGGACCCUUCACACUCUCACAGUUGGCACUGACUUGGAGAUAUGCUGGGACCACUGGCGGAUCACUUUACCUCUCUGCCUCAGUUGCCCCAUCUGUAAAAUGGGAGAAUAAUACUUGCCUACCUACCUCACAGGGAUGUUGUGAGGAAUCCUCUAUGUUUUUUGUUUUGUUUUGUUUUUGUACAGAGCUUCUGAGCAUUAAAAACAGUAGAAACAUGCAAA